AAGACCAGGAGAGUCCUUCCUUCCCCUCCUCCCUCACUUCCCAGUUGGCCUCCCUACUGUCCUCCUCCACCUCCAGUUGACCAUGGCAUCCGAAGCCGAGAAAACCUUCCAACGGUUUGCUGUGUUUGGAGACUCAUCAAGCAGCGGCACGGAAAUGAACAACAAGAACUUCUCCAAACUGUGCAAGGACUGUGGCAUCAUGGACGGCAAGCUGGUCACCUCUACUGACGUGGACAUCGUGUUUAGCAAAGUCAAGGCCAAGAAUGCCAGAACGAUCACAUUUGCACAGUUCCAGGAGGCAAUGAAGGAACUGGGCCAGAAACGGUUUAAGGGGAAGAACGCCGAUGAAGCCCUGGACAACAUCCAUAAACUCAUGGAGGGCAAGGAUCCAGCCAUGACGGGUGCUACGAAAGCAACAACAGUGGGUGGAGUGGACCGACUGACAGACACCAGCAAGUACACGGGCUCCCACAAGGAACGCUUUGAUGAAAGUGGCAAAGGCAAGGGCAUCGCCGGCCGGGAAGAGGUGACUGACAACUCAGGCUAUGUGAGUGCCUACAAGGGGGCUGGCACCUAUGAUAAGAAGUAGAGAGCUUCUCUUUGGUCUGGCAACUCCUGGUCCUACAUCUUCAACACCAGGGAAUCCUGAGAACAAUAAACCUCUGUGUGUGCAGCA